AUGUCCCUAAGAGUAUUUGUCACUGUUGGUAGUACAGCGUUUCCAUCUCUCUUCACUAUCAUAAACACAGUUGAAUUCCUUGAGGCAUUGAAUCCUUCACAGUUGUUCAUUCAAACUGGUUCUUCAAAUCCAGAUUUAGAAAUAGUCAAAGAGCUCAUGAAAGAAGAGGACCUGGAAAUCUUUGAUUAUGAUGUGAACUAUGAAGACUUCAUCGAUCGAUGAGACCUGGUGAUAGGCCAUACAGGUGCUGGUACCACCAUAGAUGUUCUCAGUAGGAAUAAGUAUUUCGUAUCAGUGAUCAAUACCUCUCUGAUGGAUAAUCAUCAAGAAGAACUAGCCUCUAAGCUAAAUGAUAUCUCUUCGAGAGUGACAGUCACAACUCCUGAAGACCUUCUUGAUGCCAUUAAAAGUUUAGAUCCAGCCAGUAUUCGAUUCGGGCCAAAAUCUAGUUAUAAAAACUCAGAAGGAAAUUUCUUGCCAAGCGUGAUCGACCAGAUGCUGCUUGAGUAGGAGUAUUUGAAAAUUAG